GACACUGGGACCUAACGCCGUUGUUUAUAUAUUUGAUUUCCGCUAUAGGUUAGCUGCUCCUUUAAGCAUCCGGUACGGUUAAUUAAUUAGAUUCGAGAUACAUGCACCUCCCUGGCGCCAUUAUUCGCACCGCAUCAAUCUUCGCCGCGAGGGAACGGAAUGGCACGAGCCGGACAGGACCGGUGCACAGUGAGAAUGAGAACCGCUCUGAGCCCAGAGACAUACCCUCAAAACAAGAACCAGCUGGCAUUUCUCUCUGCUUCCCUACUUAUGUAAUAUAAUAUGUCGAGCUAGCGGACCGUGUCCUCUUUCUCCCCCUAAACGUGUCUCUUCUCCGCUGAAAGCGUAACAACAGCUGCCCUUGUCGUUGCACAGACGGGGAUGUCAACACCGCAAGAUGGUCCGCAUAGCGAGCGUCCUGGGUUUGAUGAUGUUCAGUGUCGCUCUGCUCAUACUCUCAUUGAUCAGCUACGUGUCAAUAAAAAAAGAUUUUCUCUUCAUGACACCCAAAUAUGCUAAUUCAGGUGGGCCUCGGAUGUAUAUGUUCCAUGCGGGAUUUCGGUCUCAGCUGGCCAUGAAGUACCUGGACCCGGCCUUCACCCCUCUGACCAAGGCCCUGAAUGAGGGCCUGCAGGAGAACGCCUCCAAAUGGCGCUAUAACAGAACGGCAUUCACAGAACAGAGAAAAGAGAUCUCUCAGCACAUCGACAUCGCCCACAACUUCACCCUGACCCGGAGCAGCGUGCGCGUGGGUCAGCUGAUGCACUAUGACUAUUCCAGCCACAAGUACGUGUUCUCUAUCGGCGAGAACUUCAAGUCCCUGCUUCCCGAGGCCUCCCCCAUCGUCAACAAACACUACAAUGUGUGCGCCGUGGUGGGGAACAGCGGCGUCCUCACAGGGAGUCGCUGCGGCCCCGAGAUCGAGAAGUUCGACUUCGUCUUCCGCUGCAACUUCGCUCCCACUGAGAUCUUCCGCCGGGACGUGGGGCGGAGGACCAACCUCACGACCUUUAACCCCAGCAUCCUGGAGAAGUACUACAACAACCUGCUGACCAUCCAAGACAGGAACAACUUCUUCCUGAGUCUGAAGAAGCUGGACAGGGCCAUACUCUGGAUCCCUGCCUUCUUCUUCCAUACCUCGGCCACGGUGACCAGGACACUGGUCGACUUCUUUGUUGAGCACAGAGGACAGCUGAAGGUUCAGCUUGCCUGGCCGGGCAACAUCAUGCAGUACGUCAACAGAUACUGGAAGACCAAGCAGCUGUCACCGAAGCGUCUGAGCACAGGGAUCCUCAUGUACACUCUGGCCUCGUCCAUGUGUGAGGAGAUCCACCUGUACGGCUUCUGGCCCUUUGGCUGGGACCCCAACACGGGCAAGGAGCUGCCCUAUCACUAUUACGACAAGAAGGGUACCAAGUUCACCACCAAGUGGCAGGAGUCCCACCAGCUGCCAGCAGAGUUCAAACUGCUCUAUAGGAUGCACACAGAGGGACUUAUCAAACUAACGCUCUCACAUUGUGCCUAGACCUGACUGGACUGGACCGAACCAGACUGGACCGGACCGACCUGACUGGACUGGACCGAACCAGACUGGACUGGACCGACCUGACUGGACUGGACCGAACCAGAGUGGACCGGAGCGACCUGACUGGACCGAACCAGACUGGACCGGACCAACUUGACUGGACUGGACCGAACCAGAGUGGACCGACCUGACUGGACUGGACCGAACCAGACUGGACCGGACCGACCUGACUGGACCGGACCGACCUGACUGGACUGGACCGAACCAGACUGGACCGGACCGACCUGACUGGACCGGACCGACCUGACUGGACUGGACCGAACCAGACUGGACCGGACCGACCUGACUGGACCGAACCAGAGUGGACCGGACCGACCUGACUGGACCGGACCGACCUGACUGGACCGAACCAGACUGGACUGGACCGAACCAGACUGGACCAGACCGACCUGGACUGAACCUGACCGGACCAGACUGGACAGAACCAAACCGGACAAGACUAGCAUGGACUAGAUCAGACUAAAAGUUACCUGAUUGUAAACUGGUUUUCUGGUUACGAAGGUGCUAUUUAACCAGAUUACAACCAACUGGUCUCUGUUACUGUAUAACCAAGUGGACCGUCUGUUUCAUGACAACAUCAAUAAAUAUUUUGGGUUGUUGUCUAGUUAGAUAGAUAGACUUAUUUUCUGCUUGAUUAGAAAAAGGGGUUCCGAAAGGGUUCUUCGGCUGUCCCAGUAGGAGAACCCUUUUUUGGUUCCAGGUACCUGGGUUUUACCUGCAACCAAAAAAAGGGUUCUUAAGUAAGUAUUUCACGGUAAGGUCUACAACCUGUUGUAUCUAGCGCAUGUAGACAAAUAACGUUUGAUUUGAGUUUUCCUAUGGCGACUGCUGAAGGACCCUUUGGUUCUAGAUAACACUUGUUUCUUUUUUCGAAGUGUACAACCUGACCAUGACGUCAUAAAAUAUGUCAUUGUGAUGUCAUUGCAAACAAUUUUUGCCCGCUGCGGAUGAGUGCGUGAGAGCUAUAGGCACCUAGCCCCUGUGCUAUCUGAUCCGAGAUGGCUGCCCAAGAUGGCAUCCCAUGCUGCCAUGUUGCUGCCUGCUAGUGCUAUGCUUUGAUACAGAUUAACUACAGCAGAUAAACUACAAGACAGUAAUAUCAGCCUAUAUCUUUAUAACCUGAGCUCAUCAUUCUUUAUCAGAGCUAUGGUUAACUUAUGGCACAAUAGAAACAACAGAAAUAGAAACUACAGAAAUUCCUUGUAUUUAUAUUAUAAAUAUGCAGGGGUUAUAUUGUGAUUAUUCCGUUUUUUAUUAUUCUGGAUAUCUAUCCUGAAAUAGAACUACACAGAUAUCAAUCCUGAAAUAGAACUACACAGAUAUCAAUCCUGAAAUAGAACUACACAGAUAUCAAUCCUGAAAUAGAACUACACAGAUAUCUAUCCUGAAAUAGAAUUUCCAUUCAAGUCAACGGGUCUGUGAUGGGAUUUAUGUCUGUAUCCAUAUGCCCGUUCCAGGGCUCUGUGUAUGUAGUGUCUUAUUGGGAAUGGGGUCUUCUGUUUUCAGAUGGAUUGGAGGUGGGGUCUUCUGUUUUCAGAUGGAUUGGAGGUGGGGUCUUCUGUUUUCAGAUGGAUUGGAGGUGGGGUCUUCUGUUUUCAGAUGGAUUGGAGGUGGUUAAUGUGACAUAAUCAGGCUGGAAUGGUGUGGGGUGAGACGGUAAUGCCACAACUGGUUCUAAGAGGAUACUGUUCAUUCAAAUUCUGAGUUAUUAUUAUAUACAAAUGAGACUAACUAAUUGUUGUUGAACCAACACAACUAUUUUUGUAAUCUGAACUAAUUUCAAAUAGGUAUUUUUCUCCUGGUCUUACAGAGUUUCCGUCACUUUUGUUUGUCCUUAUUGAAAGUUACUUGCUCCUUAUCUGUGGAUUAAAUACAUGAGUAAUCA